AUGUUGAGUACGAGCAAUAUCAACAAGGCUGCAUCCUUCAAGGAGCGGAGUGAGUGCAGACAAGCGGGCUCUACUCAGCACGUGCAGACUCGUUUUCCUAGCAAAACACAGAUCAGUUCUGGAAACAAAUCACAUGGUUGGUUGAGGACCAUUCUUGGAAAACAAAAUAAGCCCAACAUUGAAAUUCUUUGGAUUUCUCUGGACAUUGACAUAACUAACCAGCACUCCUGGUUCAAAUGUGCUCUUGGAUCCUUACAUCCAAGUCACUUGUUUGACCAGUUUUUUGGAGAAGGCCUUUUUGAAUAUGACCUACUGCCUUUCCUCUCUUCCACCAUCAGCCCUUAUUACUGGCAGUCACUCUUUCAAACUGUGUUAGAAUCAGGCAUUUCUGAGGAAAGAUCCAACAGAGACAAGUUUAUUGUCUUCCUGGAUGUAAAAUGCUUCUCUCCUGAAGACUUGAUUGUGAAGGUAGUAGAUGACUUUGUGGAAAUUCAUAGGAAGCACAGUGAAAGACAGGAUGACCACGAUUAUAUUUCCCAUGAGUUCCUUCAUAGAUGCCGUCUACCUUCCAAUGUGGAUCAUGCCUCCAUUUUCUGCUCCCUGUCUACUGAUGGCAUGAUGACCUUCUCUGCUCCCAAGAUCCACUCUAAUAUGGAUUCAAACAAUGGUUGAUCCAUCCCUGUAUCUCAUGAGGAGAAGCCCACCUUGGCUCCCUCUUCCUAA